UAUGGAAAUUGUUAGAGUGGCAAGAUGGCUACGGAACCAAAUAAGACCGAGAUCCUUACCAUUUUCAAGAGGUUAAGAUCAAUUCCGACGAACAAGGUAUGUUUUGACUGUGCUGCCAAAAACCCCAGCUGGGCAAGUAUCCCUUAUGGCGUGUUCCUGUGCAUUGACUGCUCCGGCAUCCACCGCUCACUGGGAGUGCAUCUCAGCUUCAUCAGAUCCACUGAGUUAGACUCCAACUGGAACUGGUUUCAGCUCAGGUGUAUGCAGGUUGGAGGAAAUGCCAACGCGACGGCCUUCUUCCGCCAGCAUGGCUGCUCCACAAACGACACCAACGCCAAGUACAACAGUCGUGCAGCCCAGAUGUACAGGGAGAAGAUUCGGCAGCAGGCAAAUGCUGCAUUGUCCAAAUAUGGCACAGAUCUGUGGAUUGACUCUUCUGCAGGAAGCACCACUCCAGCUCCUGAGAAGAAAGAGGCAGACUUUUUCGCAGAGCAUACACAGCCUAUGAAUGACUGGAGCAUGGCGCCGCCCUCCGAAGCAGAGCAGAAUGGAGCCGCUAUCACUCCACAGCUGACGGACACAACGGUUAAAGGCCAGGAUGACAACCAGCCAGAGGAAGGACCCAGCAUUGAUGGUCUGAGCACAUCCCCCAAAGCCUCCAUUGAGGACUCCAUGCGUUUGUCAUCCCAGGAAGUGUGGACACCUAAAGACGUGAAGCCUUCCAUCAUCGGGAAAAAGAAGCCCAUGGCUGCCAAAAAAGGGCUCGGUGCCAAGAAAGGCCUCGGUGCCCAGAAGGUGAGCAGCAAGAGUUUCUCAGAGGUGGAGAAGCAGGCACAAGUGGCCGAGAAGCUGAGGGAGGAGCAGGCAGCCGAGGCUAAGAAACAAGCUGAGGAAUCCAUUGUGGCCUCCAUGCGUUUGGCCUACAAAGAGCUGGAGAUCGACAGGAAAAUGGAAGAAAAGAAGCUUCAGAACCUGGAAGGCAAGAAGAGGGAGCAGGCUGAGAGGCUGGGCAUGGGCUUCGGCAACAGGAGCGCCGUGUCUCACUCAGUGAUGUCGGAGAUGCAGGUGAUCGAGCAGGAGACACCUGUGGGAGCCAAAUCCUCCUCUCGCUCCAAACUGGACAUGUUUGAUGAGCCUGGUUUCACCUCUGGACCCCCAAAAUACAAGGACAACCCAUUCACAGUGGGAGACAGUUUUGGGUCCCGGUGGGACACUGAGGGAGGAACCGCCUCCUUCACCACCUCCUGGGCUCUGGAGAAAGAAGACCCUAAAGAGGAGGUCACCAUCUCUAGCAUUCAGCCAAUUGGAGAGCGGCUUCCCAGCAGAAGAAAAGCGGAGGUGGCAGCUCCGGUCUCUGAGUCGAGUGAGGCCAGGCAGAAGUUCGCCAACGCAAAGGCGAUCUCUUCAGACAUGUUCUUUGGUCGGGAGAGCAGCGCCGAGUAUGAUGCGAAGACGAGACUGGAGAGCAUGUCUGGCAGCACCUCCAUCAGCUCGGCCGACCUGUUUGGGGACGGCAGCGAUCAUAAAGGGAGGGCAUCAGGCUUCGACAGCGUCCUCCCCUCCGGCCCCGACAUCGCUCAGUUCAAACAGGGAGUGAAGACCGUAGCGGGAAAGAUGGCCGUCCUGGCCAACGGCGUCAUGAACACGAUCCAGGAUCGCUACGGCUCCUACUGAGCGGCGCCGACCCAAUGGAGGACAAACCUACUAACGCCUGUAGAGCCAACCAGCCUCCUGACUGAUGUGCAUUUGGACGGAGGAGACGGGAAGCAGAAAGGAUUGCAUGGGGAAAGACAUCGUCCUGCUCGCCCGUCCUCCACUAGAGACAAUUUUCCAGGAGUGAGACAGUAUCUUCUCCUCUCAUUCUUCAUUAGCAGACUCUUGAGUUUUAUUUUCAUAAACCAUCAGAGGGUACAGUCUUUUUCUAAACCGAGAGUUUGGUUGUAAUUUACUGUCCAGAGUUUUUUUGGUCUUAGAUUUUCAAGAAAAAAAAAAAAGAGAUGUCAGCGUUAAUUCUGCUCUAUUUUAUUCCUUCUUCAAAAAUCAAAGUGUUAAUUUUGAUUCAUAUUAUCGAAGAUUUCAUGUUUUGUUUUAUUGUGAUCUUAAAAGAAAACAAAAAAAGGUGCAGUAUAUAUUUUUAGCAUUGAUUUGAACAAGAAUCCACUAUGUUUGACUCACUGCUGCUCACAGUUUGUUCAGUUGUAAUUUCCACAAAGCACUGACUGAUUUCUGACAGUUUGUGGGUUUGGAGUGACGCAUUUCUAUUCAGGUGACACAUCGGAGCAUCAAAUACUUGAUGUCUCAGCUGCUUUCGUUAUUUACAAACAGGGAGCACAAGGAUGGUAAGCCUGAAAUUAUUAAUCCCCAUGCUAAGUUUUGAUUUACGGAGAAUUUUUAUUUUAAAAAUAGGUUUGUUUUUGUGACUAAACAAGCAACAAAAGAUGGAGAGAAUUCGUGUUCUACAUGUUAAUGAUGAAUUUCAACAAUUUUUAUGCAGCUUUUUACGCUAAAAUGCUUUAGAACAUAGUAGAAAUUAGCAGGACAAUUGGGAAUGAUUUAGAAGAUGCAUUUCCUCAAAAACUCUGAAUUUUACAGGUUAUGAAGCAAUUGGCUUUUUUAGUACAAAUGUAGAUCAAAUCAAAACCAGACGUGGGAACAGUUCAGAUUCAUCAUCACGUCUCGAACACAGCGUCUUUUGUUACUUGUUUGACAUUUCCAGCCAAAAGAAACCUGCUGGCGAAAUAUAAAUUCACAGUAAAUCAAAAUUUUACAGGAAUAAUUUUGGUCUUAACUCCACCGAACAUCAGACACGGUGCAGGCAAAUGGCAAAAUUAGGAAAUAAACCCAAAAUGACACAAAAAACAAGCACCAAGUGUCGUUACGUCAGACGCCAGAUGGAACAUGCUAACUCCGCGCUCAUGAAACGACGAUACCGUUUUGACUAUGCAUCUCCACUGUACAACCUUUAAAUCAGUUUCACUUUGAUGUUUCUGCAGGUUGAAUCUGAAGUCUGCCUCGAUGUACCUUUUUUUUGUAUUAUUUUGGAAUGAGUUUACAUUUACCUUCUCAGUUUCCGACAUUAUUUUUCUUCGGGACAAGAACUCUUGUCAGUAUUUCCUCUAAAUUUCACUGCCAUGUAGAAUGCGAGUAAAUACAACAACGUGGUGUGAUAAAAAUCGGACAUGUUUAACGCGGUGUGAUAUCUCUAACUCACCAUCCUGUCAUCGUAUGUUCUUGGCAGACUUGACAUUCAACAAGGCGGGUUGUAAUUUUCUUUUGAUACGUCAGAGUGUCAUAUUUUUCCUUGCGUGGCCAUGCCUGUGUAUGCCCCACCCACGAGAGAGUCUCCAACAAACACGUGGACUGAAAGGAUGGAAACUAUUUAUUUGUAGGCUACAAAAAGAAACUUAUUCAGUAUGUUAAUAAAGAUGGAAAGAAAACCUCCA